AUGGGCCCCUUCGGCCCCACGAAGGAGCUAGACCCUGAGCGGCCUGUCAUUUUUGGGAGUAGUCUCCAGCCCCAAGGCGACUCGCUUGAGGGUACUAAUAGGCCGCGAUCUCGAGCGUGGGACUCUAUCCGAACCAGGCUAACCCACGUGGAUCUGGUGGUGUCGCUCCUCCCGAAAGAACUCGCGCCGGGUAUUAUGGCCGAGGAGAGUGUCGGCUACACACUUGGUGGCCAGAUUAAGCUUCUGGCUGGAUGGGACAUUGGCUUCUAUGGCCAUGACUUCAGCUCCCUUCGUAGAACCCUGCAGAUGCCUAAUUCACGUCGUCCAGAGGUCUGGAGAAUUGCUGCCAUCUCGAUCUCACCAAGUAUUGGCGGAGCGGGCACAAGAAUUCUCAAGCUACCGCGCUGGGUAAUGCCAUCGUGUAACAUUCGGCAGCACAAUUGGGAUGCGCUCUUUACCCAGACGUUGAAGAGCACAAGAAGUUCGAAGGAAUUCUUCGAGACUGGUGAAGAUAUGUCAGAUACGGUAUGCCGGACGCAGAGCUACUUGCUCAUCUGCGCUCUGAUCAAGAAUAUUCUGUCGUAUUCGGCCGAAGCUGCUACGACAAGCAGAUAG